ACACGAUAAUACGACAUCCCUAUUUUCUAAAAAGCGCCGUAUAAGAUAUGACUUGUUGAGAUAAAUCUGUCCAGUACGUUUUGUAGUUUACGAGUGUUAGGUGGUACGUCAUUGCUUUUUGGGCAAAAAAGAUCUUUGAUCAUUUUUAUUAACAUCUAUUUUAUAUAAUAUUUUUUAAUAAAUUAAGUUAAUCCGAAUCGGAUUAAAAAUUAUUUUUGAAAAAAAUGUCUCAAGAUGCAACAGAUAAAAAAUCAUUUUUUGAAACAAUCAUUAGAGUUUUCCUAGCGGAAUUUUUCGGAACAGCAAUGUUAUUAUUUAUUGGUUGUAUGGGGUGUGCUUUUGACUUAAAACAUCCAUUUCCCGGUUUUGCGCCUGCUUUAACUUUUGGUUUAGCCGUCAUGGUGAUAGUACAGAUAUUCCUUCAUAUCAGUGGAUCACACAUAAACCCGAUUAUAACAAUAGCCGUGGUUAUUUUUGGAGCUAUGAAACCAUUAGUGGCGGGUAUAUAUAUUACAGCGCAAAUGUUGGGGGGAAUUUUUGGAUUUGGACUUAUUAAAUUGUUAUUAACCGAGCAUUUCACGGAGGUUCAUAUACCGAGUCCGGGUGGAAACGGCACAAUUCAUCAUCUUUGCGUGACACAACCAAAUCCGUAUAUUUCACCAUUCCAAGCUACUGCUAUUGAAGCAAUCACAUCCGGGAUUCUUAUUUUACUUCUUUGCGGAAUAACGGAUAAAAGAAAUCAUGCUAACACCGAUUCACUUCCGUUAAGAUUUGGUUUUGCUAUAACUGGUUUAGCAAGUGCUAGCGCUCAAUUCACUGGAGGAAGUAUGAACCCAGCAAGAUCUUUUGCUCCCGCUUUACUUAAUGGAAUAUGGAGUAAUCAAUGGAUUUAUUGGGUUGGACCAACAGCUGGCGCUAUAACUGCAGCUUUAUUCUACAAAUUUUUGUAUUAUGAAAAACCCGAAGUAGCAAAACCCGAUGAAUUACAAGAAUUAGACGAGAUCGGCGAUAAUGGUACCAAAGCAUAAUUAAAAAGAUUCUUAUCAAAAAAAAAUUAAUCCAGAAAUUAAUUACUUAAAUUAUUAUUGUUGUUAUAUUU